AUCCGUGUUGGAGGGUGCUUCAGGAUUGCUACCAUCUCAUCUUCUUACUACUUUUCUAUGGUAGAACAUUUGGGGAUCUUUUGCCGUUUACCUGCCGUACUACAAAGAAGUGACCGUCGUCGAUCAGCCUGGGGACAGAAAAUUACUGGGCAGGUCAGUCAGUCACGCCCACGCUUCAGCGAUACGAAGCCAUAAAGGACGAAGAGUGGAAGAAACCAUCACUGAAGGAAGGACCAGAAAGGGAGUAGCUGCUAUCUAAGCACGCCACUGAGACUGGAACCAAGAGAGAGAGAGAGAGAGAAGGAGAGUGAAGGACGGAAGAGAGGGCAAAAAAGACGUGGAACAUCCUCCUUCAUUUUCUACCACCCAGAAGACGACAGCAGCAACAACAACAUGACCGUGCUGGGAUUCGAAACACCGUCGCUACAGGGGCUUCGGGAGCGAUUCAUGGAAAAAAUCCAAGACCCCAAGUCUCAACGGAAGCUUGUACUGGUGAUCGUGUGUAUAGCUCUCCUCUUAGACAACAUGUUGUACAUGGUCAUCGUUCCCAUCAUCCCGGACUACCUACACUCCAUAGGUGCGUUCGAACCGAUUCAAGAGAAGACAGCCUGGAACGGCACGGACAAUAAGACGUAUUGGAACACCACGACAGUGGGGUACGAAAACGAGGACAUUAACAUUGGGUUUCUGUUCGCAUCCAAGGCUAUAGUCCAACUAAUUGUCAACCCCCUCUCCGGAACACUGAUUGAUAGGACAGGAUACGAGAAGCCAAUGGUGAUAGGCAUCUCAGUCAUGUUCAUCUCAACAGCUGUUUUUGCUUUCGGUAGUAGUUACACCGUUCUUUUCAUCGCUCGUAGUCUCCAAGGUGUCGGAUCCGCCUUCGCCGAUUCGGCUGGCUUGGCCAUGAUCGCAGAUCGCUUCACAGAAGAAGGAGAACGAAGCAAAGCCCUGGGAAUAGCACUAGCGUUCAUAUCCUUCGGCUGUCUAGUCGCGCCCCCUUUCGGCGGGAUUUUGUACCAGUAUGCGGGGAAGCGAGUUCCAUUCCUGACUCUCUCCUUCAUCUGUCUCGUAGACGGCAUUCUCCUCCUGUUCGUUACGCGCCCCGAUAGGGAAUCUGGCAAAGAUAACACUCUCGUCGGCACCCCGAUGUGGAAACUUCUCAUCGACCCUUACAUCGCCAUCGCAGGUGGAGCCCUUGUCAUGUGCAACGUGUCUCUGGCCUUCCUGGAGCCAACAAUCGCCAUAUGGAUGAAGGAAACCAUGCACUCAACCGAGUGGGAAAUGGGCAUCGUCUGGUUACCCUGCUUCAUCCCGUACAUCGUGGGAGUGUGUCUCACAGUCUGGUUAGCAGGGAAGUAUUGGCACUACCAAUGGCUGCUAGCUCUCGUCGGAUUGGUCGUACAAGGUCUCAGCACCUUCAUCGUACCAGAAGCGACCAGCUUCGCUGUCCUCAUCCUUCCAAUGGCCGGGAUCUGCUUCGGGGAGGCCCUGGUCAGCACCGCCAUGCUCCCAACCCUGGCCUACAUCGUCGACGUCCGCCACACGUCCGUGUAUGGUUCGAUCUACGCCAUCGCGGACAUCUCCUACUCCUUGGCUUACGCGAUGGGGCCAAUGCUCGCCGGCAAGAUCAUGCACGACCUCGGCUUCCUCCAGCUCAACAUCGGCAUCGGGUUAGUCAACAUCCUGUACGCACCUGUUCUUCUCUUCCUGAAGAACAUCUACACCAUCAAACCGGACUUCCAGGAACACAGCGUGCUCUUGGAUGACCCACCAGUGACGGGAUCCUACAAGACGUACCUUCAACAGGCCAAUGAGGGGAAAGAGCCGAUGGAGAUUCCACCUGAAGAGCAAAACCACGUGGCGCCGCCUCCACAAGUUGAAGACGAGAGGAUCAAAAAGCUUCAAGGCAGCUUCGCCCAAGACUCGUGGGACGACGAAUACUGACAGUAGCAAUGACUCUACUACUCCGAUAUGCGUUAUCCUCAUAAUGCAUCAAUAUGUCAAAAUCAAUACGUACAAUCACAUAAAAGAUGGUUGCUUGUCUGUAAGGUGAUACUGUAGCAGAAAUAACGUUACUGCAAGGAAGCUCUGAACAUUGCAUCUUUGGACCAGAACUCACAUUUUAAAUUGACAUCGAAUCGUAUUUUCCAACCGGUAAACAAACGUAGGAAUCAUUGAAACCAUCUCUAUCAAUGACUAAACUCAGAUCAUAGAUUCAAAAUCUAAAUUUUAACACAACCAAAUGAACAAAAACCUGGUAUAGUAAGACACAACAUUUAACAUAUUCUCACUUCGUAGGCAUUCGACGUUUGAGUUUAUGUCUAGAGUUAGAUAAAGUAUUGGGUAUUUCUUGUUGGAAGAUAGAUAGAGGGUAGAGGAUUUCUUAGCUGAAUUUCAGGUAGUCAAGUAUUAUGUAUAAUUGUAAUAUAAAGAAUCCGGUAUAAUUCUUAGCUUUUAUCUUAGCUGGUCCCGGAACGUUCUAUGAAGAAUAAUAACAAACAAUGUUUGAAACAUAUUUAGGUGUUGCUUAUCAAGUUGUAAAAUGUUGGUCAUGUCUUUUGGGAUAGACGACUUUCAAUGUAAGUUAGCAUAAUGAUAAUCUCUUUCAUAAACAUAAUGAGGUAACACUGAAUCAACUGUUGAUGUUUGAUGGUUUUAUUGUUUUAAAAGUAUGGUAACCAAGAAAAUGUAACGAUGGCAUCUGCUAUUUGCUCCGAACAAAAGACUCUCCUCGCUGUCUCAACCUGCGUUUUGAAUUCAUUAAGACUGAAGCUUGUAGCAUGUAAUAUAUUUGUCUGGAAAGGUUUGUAAACUUACCUAAGCAAAGCAUAGUCUUAAGGAAAUGUAUAAAUUGCUUCCUGUUCCAAAAGAUGUUGUAUUAGAUAGCUUACGUAUGCUUUGGCGUGAAGUCGCAGUAACUUAUCAUCCAAAUUUAUCAUCUAUGAACUAUUUUGUUAGUGACAUAAUUGGAUGACUCUUUUAGAUAUGGUGUAGUAUUACGUGGUAACGCUGUUUGUUCGUAUAUUAUACAGAGCUGAUUUUGAUGCAUUAUUAAAUCUUGUCUUUUUCCUAA